AUGCUUGAAUACAUUGAACCAUUCUGGUCUUCUAAAUCUUUGCAUGAUUAUUAUUUUGAGGUUAUGAAAGAAGGAGCAAUACUAGAAGAAAUUCAUCUAAAUGAAAAACCAUUUUAUCUUGUUGGUAGAUCAAAAGAAGUGUGUGACGUAUUCAUGGAGAAUCCAACAAUAUCCAGAAAGCAUGCAAUAAUUUAGCAUAAAGACACUGGAGAUAUAUUCUUAUAUGAUCUAGGAAGUACUCAUGGAACAUUCUUGAAUAAGAGACAAAUACCUCCUAAUCAAUAUAUCAAGUUAAAGCUAAAUGACCUUAUCAGAUUUGGAUAGUCUACAAGAAUGCUUAUACUUAAUGGCCCUGAAGAAGUUGAGGAAGAGGAGCAGGUAGAUGAUGGGUAACCAAGGAAAAAGAUUCAAAUAGUUUCUAAGAGACAAAAUUAGGACUUCUUAUUUAAAAGGAGAUUAGAUCAAUUAAAAAAAUUCCACGAUCAAGUAAAUUAACUUCAUGAUUAAAAGAUUUAAUAACUACAUGGAAAAGAUAAUGAAGGUGUUUCCUGGGGUAUGGGUUUUGAAGAAGAUGAAAUAGCUGAGUACUAAAGAAAAUAAGACGAAGAGGGAGAUGAGAAUGAUGAUGAGUCAAGAGAGGGAAAUAGUGAUUCAGAUGGAGAUGAGGAUAGUGAUGAUGAUGUUAGAUUAUUGAAUGUAGAAGUACUCAGAUAAAGAGAUGAUUUAACUGAGAAAUAAGUAUAAAUGCUGAAUAAAGUUGAAGGAAUUAGAAGAUAACUUAAAAAACUAUUGGAUAAAAAAACAAAACUAAAGAGUGAGUCAGAACUUGAAUUCGAUGAUAAACCUAUUUAGGGUAAAUUGAGAGGAAUAGAUAAAAAAUGUAAUGAAAUGAAGGAGUAGCUCGAAAAAUAAGAGAAAAAGCUGAAAACUUCUCUUAAAGCUAAGAAGAACAAACCAAAAAAGACUAAUAAAGAUCUAGAGUAGGAAACUGUAUUCAAGUAUCACAAUAGUGACGAUGAGGAAGAUGAAUACUUUGAUAGAACCAAGUACACUCAGUUUAACAAGAAAAAACAAAGUUAUGAUUAAAGCAACCUUUAAGAGGUUGAAACUUAUGAAAGUUUGAAACUCAAACUUGAAUAACUGUUUAAAUAGAGGUAGAAAAUUACAGAAGAAAUGUAAAAUUAGCCUAGCAAAAGUCAAGGCAAUCUUAACUAAGAGGAAAAGGAUGAGGAAGAUGAACUGGAUGCAUAUAUGAAAUAAAAUGAGGAUAAAAUAAGAUUAGAUACAUAAAAGAAACUAGGGUUGUAAAUAGUUGAAGUAAACAAAGAAAUCGAUAAAUAUACAUAAUUACUUUCGAUGGUAGCACCUACUAAUUUUCAGCAUAAAGCAUAGCAAAUAUAAAUAUAAGAGAAGCAAGAGGAAUUAAUUUAAGAGAAGAAAUAAAAGCCUCAAAAGCCAUCUGGGCCAAGUUUGACAGAUACUAUGUAGAGACUGAAGGAAAUGUCUGAGCUAAGAGAAAGAGAAUAAGAGGAAUAAAGAAAAAUUGAGGAGUAACAAUAAAGAUUAAGAGAAGAAUUAUAGAUUCAAAAGCGAAUCAAGGAAGCCUAAGAUAAGAUAAUGUCUCAAUACUAGCAAGAUGAGGAUGUUGUGGACGAUGAUGAUAUGGGGUUAGAUGAAGACAGUGGGCUGAGGAACUACUUCAAGGAGAUUGUAAAUAAUGCCAAUAAAAAUGGGGAAAAUAUAGAUUUAUCCAAAUAUCAAAGUCUUAUUAAGGAAUAUGAUAAUUAAGCAUAGAGAAAAAGACAAGCCCCAACUCUUUAUUUAGAAACUGAGGUAAGAGGCAACGUUACUCAGAAAAGAAUAGUAUAAGACACAAUAGGUAAUUCAAAACAAAGAAACCUUAAUAAUGAUAUUGAGGAUGAGAAAUUAGAGGGUGAAGUUGAUGAUUGGAUUCCACCAGAAGAUCAAAGAGGCGAUGGUAAGACAAGUCUUAAUGAUAAAUUUGGCUAUUGA